AUGGCGCCCGCAUGGCUCUCCGCUCCCCGUGCCGCCGUCUCCCUCCUGGAUGGCGCCCCCGCGAGUCGCUUCCGCUCCGAACCGCCUGCCCGUGUGGUGGCCGUCGUGUUCCGGCCGAGGACGACCGGGGUUUCUGUCGCGGCGCAGAGGAGGGUGGUCGCGGUGGCGACGGAGACGGCCCCUGCCGCGAGAGGGGAUGAGGUGGGGACCCCGUUUAUGGAGGAGAUGCGGGCGGCGGCCAUGCGGCUGCACUCCAGGGACCAGGCGGCCAGGGACGGGAAGAAGGAGGCGCAGGCGCCCAUGGAGCCUCCCAUCGCCAAGUGGCAGCCCACCGUGGAGGGGUACCUCCGCUUCCUCGUCGACAGCAAGCUCGUCUUCGAGACGCUCGAGGCCAUCGUCGACCGCGCCGCCAUCCCCUGGUAUGCCGAGUUCAGGGAUACUGGUUUGGAGAGAUCAGAGCCACUCGGCAAGGAUUUGGAAUGGUUCAGGCAACAAGGGCACGCGAUUCCGGAACCGUCUGCUCCUGGCACUACAUAUGCUUCCUUUCUGGAAGAGCUGUCUGAGAAGGACCCCCAGGCAUUUGUUUGCCAUUUCUACAACGUGUACUUUGCUCAUACUGCCGUAGGACGAAUCAUCGGCGAAAAGGUUGCCGAGAAGAUCAAUCUCCAGAAAGAGCUGGAGUUUUACAAGUGGGAGGGUGAUCUGUCGCAGAUGCAGCAGAAUGUCCGGGCGAGGCUUAACCGAGUCGCUUCCGGUUGGUCUCGAGCAGAGAAGAACCGCUGCCUGGGCGAGAUGGAGAAGGCGUUUACCUACUCAGUAGACCUCCGCCGCCAUAUAUUUAUGUUCCCCUGA